GGAAACAACCUUAGUUGAGGUGUCUAAGUCAAAAAGCAUGACAACUUUUAAGUGGUUGUUUAGGUAUUUGGCCUAGUCUAAAACACUGUCUAGCACUGUCUCCCGCAACCAAAUGAAAUACACUAAUUAAUUACUACCAACUUUUUCAUAUUGGAUUGAGCUCUAAGAAAGUCGUCGCUUUAGCUGAUAUUUCUGAGUUCCACCAUGUUUUCCUCCCCUAAACUCCGCCAUGAAAAUGGCCCAACAACCACCUCAAAACCCGAAUCUAAACCCAUAACCGGAACCGAAAUUGAGGCAGAGUUCUCACACCACGACCUCACCGUAGCCCGAAUCAACAAUGGCAGCUUCGGAUCAUGCCCGUUAUCAAUAAUCUCUGCCCAACAACAAUGGCAACUCCAAUUCCUUAAACAACCCGAUUACUUCUACUUCAACACCUUCAAACCCUCCAUGCUUAAAUCUCGUAUCUUAAUCCAAUCCUUAGUCAACACCGAAGAUGUCGACGAAAUCUCCAUCGUCGAUAACGCCACCACUGCCGCCGCAAUCGUCCUCCAACAUGUCACUUGGUCUUUCUUUACUUCCAAUUUUCAACCCGGUGAUGCCGCCGUUAUGCUCCAUUACGCUUAUGGUUCCGUUAAAAAAUCCGUUCAGGCGUAUGUUGCACGCGCCGGCGGCAAGGUAAUUGAGGUCCAGUUACCUUUUCCGUUAUUGUCGAAUGAAGAAAUUAUUACUGAAUUUGAUAAAGCUCUUAAAAUGGGGAAAAUAAAUGGAGGGAAAAUUAGGUUAGCUGUAAUUGAUCAUAUUACUUCUAUGCCUAGUGUUGUUAUACCUGUUAAGGAACUUGUUAAGAUGUGUAGAGAUGAAGGCGUGGAUAUUAUUUUUGUUGAUGGUGCUCAUGCUAUUGGAAAUGUUGAAGUUGAUGUAGGUGAUAUUGGAGCUGAUUUUUAUACUAGUAAUUUGCAUAAAUGGUUUUUUUCUCCGCCUUCCGCGGCAUUUUUGUAUUGUAAGAAAUCGGAUAAGGUAUUGGAUUUGCAUCAUCCUGUGGUAUCAAUUGAGUAUGGGAACGGGUUGCCAAUUGAGAGUGCUUGGAUAGGGACGAGGGAUUAUAGUGCACAAUUGGUUAUUCCGGAGGUACUGGAGUUUGUGAACAGGUUCGAAGGCGGGAUUGAGGGGAUAAGGAGAAGGAAUCAUGAUAAGGUUGUUGAAAUGGCGGAGAUGUUGGUGAAGGCGUGGGGGACGAAAUUGGGGACGCCACCAGAAAUGUGUUCGAGUAUGGCCAUGGUGGGAAUGCCUGCCUGUUUAGGGAUUUCUAGUGAUUCGGAUGCUUUAAAGUUGAGGACUCAUUUGAGGGUUUUGUUCAAGGUUGAGGUUCCGAUAUAUUACAGAGCGGCAUUGGAAGAGGAGGUAAAUCCGAUAACAGGUUAUGCUAGGAUCUCCCAUCAAGUUUACAAUACCAUCGAGGAUUAUUAUAGGUUUCGAGAUGCCAUUAUCAAGCUUGCGAACGAUGGUUUCAAAUUGGGGCGAGGUGAUCAGGCAGGACAUGGAGCGGCUUCAAAUUUCCGAGGACAUGACCCUUGAUCGGAAGGUGUGGAGGUCGAGCGGGUUGUAGGUUAGGGGGUAGUCAAGCGUUUCUCCUCGCUGUGCCGGCUAGUCAAAUAAUGUUUUGUCUAGGAUUGUUAGCGGUUUUUGUUGUAUUUCACAUUUUGGCCUUUUCAUUUAUUUGUUGUAUUUUACAAUGCUGAUACUAUUUUUCUGAUUUCUGUUGUUGUUACGGUACUAUUUUCUCUAA